AUGGCCAGAGCCACGCGAAGCUCUGCUGUCAAAGCUGAGUCUACCCCUUCUGCCCAGACUAUGAUGCCGGAUCCAAUGCAACUAUCUAGUCCACCGGCCACCCCGGUGCGACGCAACAUGCGCAAGAGGAAGACAAUCAAGGUCGAUGAGCCUACUAAGACAUUGUCCAAAACGACCCCCAUAACGCCUAAGAGCAACAAGCGAGCUAAGAAGUCAGCGAUCAAAGAGGAAGACAUCAAUGACCUUCCUCACAACCUCGGUGCAAUCCCAGAUCUAUUCGUCGAGCAAGAGGUAGACGAGAAGACAUCUUCCGCAAAGCAACCAAGGAAAAGGUCUAUCAAAGCGACUCGACGAAGAGCCGAGAAAAUCAAAGAUGUCGUCGCCAAAGCCACUUCCACGGUUCAAGACUCCCCAAAGAAGAAGGAAAAGGUAAAGAACAGCAAUUACGGUCUUACUCCUGGUCACACACCUUACCCAAACUACCCUCAUCCUACUCCUGAAGAAUGCGAAGAAGUGACUCGCCUUCUCUCCAAAGUCCAUGGCAAAGUUCAGGCUCCCAAAACCAUUCCUACGCCCUCUCUUGAAGUCUCUGGCUGCGGUGAAGUUCCAUCUGUCCUUGACGCACUGAUUCGCACCCGCCUUUCAGCCGCAACAUCAGGCACGAACUCAUCGCGUGCAUUCGCAGGCCUGGUGUCCAAGUUUGGAAUCCUGAAAGAAGGCGUAGGGAAGGGAAGUGUAGACUGGAACAAGGUAAGGCUCGCGGACCAAAAAGAAGUCUUCGAAGCCAUCAAGAGCGGCGGUCUCGCCGACGUCAAGAGCAAAGACAUCAAGAAGAUACUACAGAUGGUAUGGGAAGAAAACCAGGCACGUCGCGAAGAACUCAUCUCGAAGGAAGCGACUGGCUCCAAGGGCGAAGCAGCAAAAGAUAAGGAAAAUGAGAUAGAAAAAGCAGAGAGCAACAUCGUCUCCCUCGACCACCUACACGGUCUCUCCUCGGAAGACGCCUUCACGGCCUUGACAAAGUAUCCCGGUAUCGGCCCCAAAACAGCAUCCUGCGUCCUCCUCUUCUGUCUCCAGCGCCCUUCCUUUGCAGUAGACACGCACGUCUUCCGCCUCUGCAGAUGGCUCGGCUGGGUCCCUCCACCCGGUGAUUCCCGGGGUCUUGCACCAGGAGCAAAAGGCACGUUUGCAGGGCCGACGCGCAAUUCAACGUACGCGCACUGCGAAGUCCGGGUCCCAGACGACCUCAAGUAUCCGCUACAUCAGCUGCUGAUCAAGCACGGAAAGACGUGUCCGAGGUGUAGGGCGAUUACGGGAGAGGGGAGUGAAGGGUGGGAGAAGGGAUGUCCGAUUGAGCAUUUGGUGAAGAGGGAUGGGGUUCGCAAGGGUGGCGAGGCUGGUUCGCCAGUCAAGGGGGGUGCAGGCAAGUCGAAGGGGGGGAAGAAGGUGGUGGAGGAGUGGGAGAGUGAUGCUGGAAGUAGCGAGUUGAGUGAUUUGGUCAGUGAUGCCGAAGAGGAAGUUUCCGAAAGCGAGGAGUAG